AAUAACUGGCAUACCUAGAUAACCGAAUACUAAGCAAACUCCAACACUACAACAGCAUUAUUGUGAAUGCCACUAGUUAAAGAAGCAGAGAACUCUUUAAUAAUAGAAAAUAUUUGUUUUGUGCGGAUGAGUUAAUUUUGUUGUGGCCAAUUAAGUGAGUAAUGAUUUAAAGAUAUUUAAAAAUUUAUGCAUUUUAUAGAUUGGAAAGUGUACAAACUGUUAGUUGUUGAUUGAAAAACAGCAGAUGGAUUUUACAAAGCUUAAGUCCAAUUACUACUUUCUUGAUGAUAAAGCAUACACAGAAGAUGACCUACUCGUAUAUAAUGUCACAGCUUAUCAAUUGCAUGGCAAAGUCACCGAAUUAGAACUCCGCAAGUACUUUUCGCAAUUUGGCGAUGUGCUCAAAGUGUAUUUACAACGUGAUAAAUAUGCAACAGGCACUGCGGAACCACCGAUCGGUGUGGUGCAUUUCGCGCACCCGCUGGCAGCAGCUAGGGCGUUGCAGCGUUUCUCGCAUGAAUUGCAAAAGAAGCGUUUCUUUGUGAAUGCAUGCGAGAGUUGGGAGCAACCAGAAGCUUAUAGAGGCGGCGUAGACUUCAACGCACGCAUUGCUGCGCUAAAUCUAAAUGGUGAUCUGAUCGACUUUUAUACAACUAUGCGCACCAAUAUCUUGCAAUUGAAUGAUGAGUGCUUAGAAACCAUAUGCCUUUAUCUGCCAUUACGUGAUCAAAUACGCUUUUCGCGUGUAUGUCGGCGUUUUCGUGAUAUUUUUAAGCGCAUUUGCAAGUGCACAUCUAAAGUUUUCAACAUGAAUCAAUUAAUCGGCAUGACAUUAUGGGAUAUACGUGAAUUUUUUGAAAUGGCUGGCGCUAAUAUCGAAGAAUUGUUUGGUGCAGUGCCUUAUAAUUAUCAAGAUCGCAUAGACUUCAUAAGCGAACUAAGUCCACGUGUGCGACGCGUCGAUUUGAAUUGCAAUAAUGUGGAAUCCGCUAGUUUGUUGCGUUUUUUGGAACGUUUCCAUGCAGUCACUUAUGUGGAAUUACAUAAUUUCUCGCUGAACGACAACUCUUUGCUUGCCUUAAGAAAACUGCCCAAUUUGCGUGCGCUGAUACUCGAUCAGAGUUUCGAGUUGACAGGAAAAAAUCUGUGUAAAUUAUAUCAGCUGCACGAGCUUAGUCUUUUCGGUUGUGAAAAUCUGCAGACCAGCCAUUUCAUCGACAUCUGCAAGUGUUUAUUUAAUUUGCGUUCCCUAGACAUACGCCACUGCAAAAUGCUUACAUCGCGCGCUUACAGCGAAAUGGUGCGCAAUUGUCGUCAAUUAGAGCAGCUAAAAAUAUCCUGUGAAAAAGAAGUGAACUACGAUUGUGUAGCGCAAUUACACGCACUACGUAAACUUACGGUGCACUCUUAUGGCGCGGUGCGUGAAACGCUAUUCAUUGCGCUGGCAGCACACAAAACUCAGCAGCUGGAAAAACUCGAGAUAUUAGCAAGAAAUUGCAUCACACACGAACGUGCCAUUUACCUAUCAAGGUUGCAUCAAUUGCGCAGCCUAAUCUGCCCUAAUAAUGACAAUCUAACCGAUGAGUGUCUCUUCGAGUUCGCCGAACGCCUAAAAUACUUGCAGGAACUUGACAUUAAAAAUUGUCGCGCCGUGACAAACAUUGGCGUUUUGGUGUUGUUGCGUCGUUGUUCACAGCUAAAACUUGUUAAUAUCGAGCAAUGUGAGGGUAUAACGGAUGAUUUCGUAUUCGAUGCUUGUGAUGUGCUGAAACAGGGUGGACGCACUUAUGCGGAGCCAGUGCUGUUUCGCGUCGCCGGCACCGGUAUACACGAAAUCAUUGUGCAGGGUUUACCGCAGCUGGAAGUGGGCCAAUUGUUACAAUUUUCCUUCGUUGAAGAGAAUUCCUAGUGCCCAGCUGGCAUGUUUGCAAGCGUUCAAGCGUAUAACCAAAGAAUUAUGAAGGAAAUACGUGUUGUCUAACAUGUCAAAAAAAAGUAAAUAAAUCAAAUACAUAUGUAUCACGAUAUUCACGGUAAAUGCAUUUAAAAGACAUUUUAAAUUAACACAUUAAGAAAAUUUUACUAACCGAAAAAUCAAAAGCUUACACGAAACGCACAACGCACAUACGACAGCGAAUUACGUUUAGCUACGUAAGCAAUCAUGUUGACAUUUACGUAUUUCGAUUGUAAAUUAUUAUGUGUGGUGAAUUGUUUGUUUUGAAAGAAAAAAAAAACAGAAAUCAGCAAUAUUUAUUAUUUAUAAUUGACGAACAAAUAUUUAUGUGUAUUUCAAAUAAUUAUAUGUGCCACAAAAUGUUUACAUAAUGCUUUAAAUUCAAUUUAAGCGUGUAAUGUUAAUAUUGAUAUUUUACCUUAACUGUUUAUUAUUCAAAUACAAACACAGUGCGAAAAAGUGCUCACAAUUUUUAUAUAAAAAAAAUAACGUCGAUAGCUGCGCGUGUUAAUCAUAGACAGCGCAUAAAUUAAAAAUAAAAAAAUAUUAUUUAACGCAGAAAACUAACCUAUAAUUUGUGAUGCAAUUCACAAUAAUUUUAUGCAAUAAUUUCACCUCCACAUAUUACAAAACGAUAUUCUGUAACGUUACUUUAAAACUCAUAUGCAAUAACAGCAUAACGGUACACAGUGAAACUGCAUGGUAAUGCU